AUGAAAGAUGAUGCUUUAGGGUGGUUUAAAUGGAUGCACCAAAACUCAUUGCUGUCUGAUUGGGUUUCUUUUACUAAAGCCCUAGAAUUACGAUUUGGUCCCUCAUCUUAUGAGAAUCAUCAAGCAGAAUUAUUCAAGUUAAAACAAGAAGGUUCUGUAGUGGAAUAUCAAACUAAGUUUGAGAAACUAGGAAACCAAGUGCAUGGUCUACCACCGGAUGCAAUUUUAAAUUGCUUCAUUUCUAGCCUUAACCUUGACAUUCAGCAUGAGAUGGCCAUUCAUAAACCCACAUCUAUUUCCCAAGCUAUUGGAUUAGCCAAACUUAUUGAGUCAAAAUUAAAGGAAUAA